ACAAAAUCUAGUGUUGCCAAGUCCCAUUACUUCAGUGCUAGCACGACCAAAUCCCUGCAAGAUAAAUUCCGCACGAAAUGCCUGCGCCUACAGCUCUUAGGCAACCUGCUGGGAUAGCGAUGACAGGAGCGCCGCUUGCACCUGUGCUAGAUCACGAUGAGGAAAUCUUGAUCGAUACUCAGCCUUUGACAGAUGAGACUUCGUCGGCUUUUAACUUCAAUUCUGAACCUAUCAAUGAUGCCGAUGUGCAUAUCGAUGAAGAGGGGCGGCCAAUUUUUACGCCAGCGAAAGAUGUGAACCGCGUAUAUCGAGUCGAAACCCGAAAAGUCCCCGUUCCGCCACAUAGAAUGACCCCUUUGAAAGCUAGCUGGUCACGAGUGUAUCCCCCGCUUGUCGAACAUCUGAAACUACAAGUGAGAAUGAACAUCAAAAAUCGAGCAGUCGAACUUCGUACAUCUCGAUUCACCACUGAUACCGAAGCCCUGCAAAAAGGUGAAGAUUUUGUCAAAGCCUUCACGCUAGGGUUCGAUGUCGACGAUGCCAUUGCACUGUUGAGGUUAGAUGAUUUAUACAUUCGUUCAUUCGAAAUUCGUGACAUCAAGACCCUCAAUGGAGAGCAUCUUAGUCGUGCAAUCGGCCGCUGUGCUGGCAAAGACGGUCGCACCAAAUUUGCAAUAGAAAACGCGACCCGUACAAGGAUCGUCAUUGCAGACCAAAAGAUUCACCUGCUAGGCGGUAUCAAAAAUGUCGAAGCCGCCCAGCAGGCUAUUGUCCACCUGAUCAUGGGUAGCCCACCAGGCAAAGUGUAUGGCAAUCUCCGUAAAGUGGCAUCACGAAUGAAGGAGCGCUUUUGAUCAAUUACAAUUUACCACAGCUUACUUUUUGUCGUCGUGUUUCUGCUUUAUGACAUGGUACUGGCGUUAGGGAGGAGGUAAUAUCUGAUUCAACAAAAACUCAAUGAGACGAUGACACAGCUUCAAAUAGAGAGUA